GAGAGUUACAAACGUAUAAGGACGUGCAUUUUAUAUUCCCUGUUUUGGAUCAGUGUGUUAUUUGGAAAAGAGAGUUAGAGAUUUAUGAUCAGAGUGUGUGUGUGUGUGUGUGUGUGUUAUUUGUUCAAGGGGACAUCCUUAUUUGAUUUUCUCACAAACCCGGAAAGAGGAAAAACCCAAGAGCUGCAGUUGAGAUCAGGAGGAGGACAGAUGGAGCAGACUCGUCCUCGUCGUCUGUAUAUAUGCAUCGAGGAGCGCAAGUAUACGGAUUGUGACAGGUGCCGUUACAUAAUCUACGCCAUCGAACUGAGCGAUCUCUUAAAUUGCUCCUGCAAGAUUAAACCUGAUGCAAGCUGUCAAUCUCCCAGAUGCCCCACUUGCAAAGCCAAAGCCAAGGCAGCCAAAAGGAUCCGAAGAAAGGCGGCGGCCGACGGUUCCAAUGGUGCGGCGGCCGACGGUUCCAAUGGUGAGUCGUCCGACUUACGCAAAGUGGCUUCCAUGCACAACGGGACCUUCAUGAUGGGCUGCGGAGUCUUUGGCUCCAAAAUUCUGUUCGCCGGCGGCUUGCCGGCCCCAACCCCAGACAAUCCACGGAGUGGAUUCGGACCAUUCGCAGAAGAUCCGAGUAAACAAGUGUAUGUGUUUGACACUAAGGACUCUAAUCCUAGCAUUAAGCGCGAAAUAAGCCCCCUCGGGGAAUUCAAGCAAGGGAAAACACGCCCCUUUCUGGUUGACAUCAACAGCGACCUCUAUGCUGUUGCCGGCUCUCCUGUAAUCCUCAUUGCUUCUCCGGCUUGCGAGGUAUUCGACUCUCGAAACAAGUGUUGGAAUCCUCUUCCGGAUCAUCCCCUCGUCGGAAGCAGAUGGCUUGUUCCUGUCUUUUCUUAUGCAGUUGUUGGCACCAAGAUCAUGGUCUCCUCCCCAGAAACUCCGCUCUUCUUCUUCGACGUUGCUGAACCCGCUCUAGGAUGGAGACGGCUCCCUCCUCCUCGUCUUCCUUCCCAUGGCACGGCUUUGGUCCUCCUUGGUGGUCAGCUAAUGUUCACCUACGCUUUCGCACCUAGUGUACAAGCCUUCACUAGCUGCCUGGAACAUAACUAUCAUUAUUAUGAAGAUUAUUACGCGGACCACCACGGCCUUUAUAAGGCUUCUGGUUCUAAUUGGGGCAUAGUAGCCUGUCAACUGUCCAGUACCGAUUCCAAUGACUCCGGAACUUGGAUUAAGCCCAUCCAUAUUCUGGAGCCAAGGUUGCCAAGUGAAUUUUGGGGGCGAUGCGAUUAUAGCUUUGCUCAUCUAGGAGGUUCAAAAGUCUGCUUUGUUCUUUCCAAUCCCAUCAAGCACCCAAAAAUAAUAGGUCUUUGGAAGAUGCGUCUUCUUGUUCAAACUUUUGAGUUUUCCUUCUCCAAACCAAGUACCACCAUCACCAGUCCUGCUGAUGAUGAUUAUAAUUAUAAUGAUGGUGGCUGCGAUUCAAAAAGAUCAUUCGAUUUCUCCUCCUUCAAGGCCGACACCCUCUCCACUCGCAUCUUUGAAUACGAUUGGUGCGGAGAAUCUUUUGGGACUGCUCACGCAGCCGUGCUUGGUUGCUUUGCCCUGUAAGUUUUGUCUGUAAGGUGAGGCUCUCAGGGGGAACAUCAUUCUCGAUCAAGCACGUUGAAAAUAUGGUGUGCAGCAGCAUUGUGAAGUGACCCUUUGAUUUGUAUAUGCAACAUUGCUUGGAAAUCGGAAAUUGGAGACCUACCGAGCUAGCUUCUGUUGCUUCCAGUAUAUUCAAACAUUUAUGUGUCUGGUUCCUCGUGUGGUUUUCUAAACUCAAUCCGAGAUUCGGAAGUAAUCGUCAUCUUAAUUGUCUCUCUCUGUUUCCAGUAUGUCCACGCUUGACACUGUAUCUAGUGCCACAACCACAACGCGAAAUCAAUUUUUCUGAGAAGUCAUUGAUGCCAGAG